AUGAUUAACUAUGAGAAAGUAUUGAUAUUGAUACCGUCAAAUCAUCUCGAUCUUGCUAAGGUCUACUAUCUUAUUGCCAAUGUUCAUGCAGAAACUCAAAAUUAUAGUGAAGCAUUAUUUAAUCAUGAAAAAGCAUUAAAGAUCUAUGAAAGUCAUUUACUUUCAGCAUACAAUCCUUGUCAUGAGAAAGCAGUAAUACUUCAGGGUAUUGCAUAUGUGCACUUAUUGACGGAAAAUUAUGAAUUAGCUUUGGUCAAUUAUAAAAAUGCAUUAACAAUAGGAUUAACAGCUCCUACUCAGAUUAUUAGUACGUAUAAUAUCAUUGGUUUGCUAUAUAAAAAUCAAUUUAAAAAUUAUAGUGAAGCAUUAAUUAACUAUAAAAAAGCAUUAUCUAUUAAAUUAAAAUACUUAUCAUCAGAUGAUACAGAUAUUGCAGAUCUCUAUAUUAGCGUUGCUAUAACUCAAUCUAAUAAAAAAAUUUAUACUGGAGCAUUAAUUAACUUGAUAAGAGCAUUAAAAAUAUAUGAAAACAUUAAUUCUUCAGAUCAUCCGUAUAUUCCAAAAAUCCAAAAUGGAAUUAAAGAAAUGAAAGAAGUACUCAGUUCUGUUAAAACAAAAAAGCAAGUAAAAUGA